AUGGCUGGGGUGGCGAAUGGCAUUCUCGACAAUUCGAUUUCCAGCGGGGACGAGCGGACCAAGAGGCCUGUCGAUUCGUCCAAGCCUCCAAGACGCAAGACGGAGGGAGAUGCAGCCGCCCCCGAGUUCAACCCAGUCCAGUCCAGUCCAGUCCAGUCCGUCAUGGAACAAUUCCAUCAGAGCCUAUGGAUAGAGGGAACGGGCAUGUGUCUUGGCAGUAUCCCCAACCGAUAA